UAUUAUAUAAUUAUAUAUUAUAAUAGUUAAAAGUUGUAUUUUCUAUGUAAACUUCUUUUUACUUCACUUGUAUUUUGAAUUUUAAUACUGGCAAUGAAUUCGUACAAAAUAUGUUGUUAAAAGAUAAUUUUCGAGAGAAAUUUCAAUCUCGUAGAAGCUUGCAAUUUUUCUUCCGAUUAUUUUGACUCUCGACUUCUAGAGCCAAUUGUUUAUUACAGGAUUCUUUUAUCUAAACUUUAGAAUAUCUGUUUAUAUUACAUUAAAUGCGCUUUGCUCUCUUUCUCAUCAUGCUGGAUCCCACGGCAAUUUACACGUGAGGUCUUAAUCCAAUAGCGAGAUGGGUCCCCCUAUCAUACAGAUUCCGUGUACCGGUUCGCGCGACGAAUCACAAGCACGGCGAGGAGCCGCUAUUCGCGCGAUCGUCGCAGUUGCGAAAAGGAUCCCGUUCGUUUCGCUCGUGUUGCCGAAGAGCGAUACGGCGAAGGUCAGCGAAGAACAGCGUCACUUACCUUUCGUCACUCGCGUACUUGUCUAUAUACCGUACGUGCAUAUAUCAGUCCAUAUAUACAUAUACAUAUCACGAGGAUGGCGAUGUCAUUCCGGAUGUUACUCUUCUUCGGUACGACGUUCUUCGCGCUUCUCAAGGUCAACGCUGCUCCGGCGAGAUACAAUCAGCGACAGCAGGGUGAAUUCAACCUGCAGGCCAAGCUGGAGAACAUUCUCUUCGUCGUGGCCAUCCCCAGUAACAAUGGAGCUCUCGCCGAUCUGGCGUUACAGGCUCUCGAGUUGAAGCAUUUGGUUUCCUCGCCGAAGGAAGAAGAAGAAUCCAUCAAAUCCGAAGAUUUGAACGAAGAGACUCAUGGCGUGGAGCCUUAUUCUGUGGAAAUUAUACAGAUAAAUGAAAAUCAUUCGAAUAAAGGAAGUUUGGUGCACGACACAGGAAAAAGUAAAGAAAUGGCAAACAUUUCGAAUACUCAGACGACCUUUUCAAUCAAUCAUAAGCACGAGUUACAGGAGGGUUUCGACAGGACUGCGAAAAAUGUGAAAGCUUUCGAAUUUCCCAAGAGUCGCGAAGAACCGGCUAUUAUGGCAUACUUUGUAGACGCGAGAAAAAUACUUGAAUCCAAGAUCGAGGACGAUGGACGGGCCCGAAAUGUCGUUGAGAACGUUUGGAAUCUCGAUGCCGAAUCGGGAACGUCAUUGAAGAAGCAGUUGUUGCUUCGGCGAAAAGAGGAUGUCACGCUACCUUCAUCGAAUACUGAUAAAAAUGAUGUGGCUUCAUUAUCCGAGGAUAAACAACAGAAUGAACUGAGAUUGCUGGGCGACGGUAUCGAGAACUGCGGUCCAGGAAGACAUCGCGACGCAUCCGGCAUCUGUCAGUUUGACGAGUCGGCCAGUGCUCUUCUUUAGCUUCAAAAGUUCCGAUAAUUAUAGUUUUUAAAUAUUGAGAUACGCUACUUAUUAUCGUGAUUAUCUCUCUUGGUGCAAUACUUUAUUUCCCUCUUUAUUUAGCAAUUAUUAUAUCAGACCUAUAUUAUAUAUUAUAUAUCGAUCUCAAGAAGUUCGUUAAUUUUCUUUUGUUUAUUAGUGUAAGAAUUAUGUAGAAGGAAAGAGUAACGAAUUUUUUGCUUAAUUUAAUGCUUAGAACGCGCUAAAAUGCGAAAUAAUUGUCGUUUUAUAUAAACCAGUGUAUGCGUGAAAGUUACACUGCAUGUAUUCUAUCAGGCUUCGAAUAAAAUAUUUAAACAACAAUAACAACAUGCAUU